AUGGACACCAGCAAGAAAGAUACUACUAGGUCGCCCUCACAUUCCAACAGUUCUUCUCCUUCAUCUUCUUCUCUCUCUUCAUCUUCUUCCAAAGAGAAAAAACGUCCUAAGAGACUAUCCUCCCAGAAUGUAAAUUACGAUUUGAAAAGGAGAAAGAUCAUCACUUCUGAAGGUAUAGAAAGAUCAUUCAAGAACGAGCAUAGCAAUCUUGCAGUUGAAGACAAUAUCCCGGAAGAAGAACCCAAGGAACUUCUUGAAAAGGACUCCAAGGGUAAUAUCAUCAAACUUAAUGAGCCAUCCACCAUCUCGGAAGAUUCGAAGGUAUCUGUCACUGGAUUGCCGUUAAAUAAAGGUCCUUCUGAGAAAAUCAAGCGAGAGUCUCUUUGGAAUUAUAGAAAAAAUUUGGGAGGCCAAUCGAACAACUCAGAAAUGACGCUGGUCCCCAGUAAAAGAUUUACUCAGGUGCCGAAAAAUUUUCAGGAUUUGAACAGAAAUGAUUUGAAAACGUUUUUAACUGAGAACAUGACUGAAGAGAGCAAUAUACGGUCAACUAUUGGUUGGAAUGGCGAUAUAAUAAACAGAACUCGUGACCGUGAACCUGAAAGCGACCGCGAUAAUAAAAAGCUAUCAAAUAUUAGAACCAAAAUAAUACUUUCAACGAAUGCUACCUAUGAUUCAAAAAGUAAACUAUUUGGCCAAAAUUCCAUCAAGUCAACAUCGAAUGCGAGUGAAAAAAUUUUCAGGGACAAGAACAAUUCAACCAUAGAUUUUGAGAAUGAAGAUUUUUGUUCGGCUUGUAAUCAGUCAGGUUCUUUUUUAUGCUGUGAUACAUGCCCCAAAUCCUUUCACUUUCUUUGCUUAGACCCACCAAUUGAUCCGAACAACCUGCCUAAAGGUGAUUGGCAUUGUAAUGAAUGUAAGUUUAAAAUCUUCAUAAAUAACUCAAUGGCAACUUUAAAAAAAAUUGAAUCCAACUUCAUUAAGCAAAAUAACAACGUCAAGAUUUUUGCUAAAUUACUUUUCAAUAUCGAUUCCCACAACCCAAAACAGUUCCAGCUACCAAAUUAUAUAAAAGAAACCUUUCCUGCUGUGAAAACGGGUUCGAGAGGACAAUACUCUGAUGAGAAUGAUAAGAUUCCAUUAACUGAUAGACAAUUGUUUAACACUUCUUAUGGCCAAAGCAUAACUAAAUUGGACUCUUACAACCCGGAUACACAUAUAGAUUCAAAUUCAGGUAAGUUUUUAAUUUGUUACAAAUGCAAUCAAACCAGACUAGGUUCAUGGUCUCAUCCAGAAAAUUCAAGAUUAAUAAUGACUUGUGAUUAUUGUCAGACUCCAUGGCAUUUGGAUUGUGUACCGAGGGCUUCUUUCAAGAACUUAGGUUCAAAAUGGAAAUGUCCUCUACAUUCCCCAACUAAAGUUUACAAAAAGAUACACCAUUGUCAAGAAGAUAAUAGCGUAAAUUAUAAGGUGUGGAAAAAACAACGAUUGAUAAACAAGAAAAACCAACUUUAUUAUGAACCUUUACAAAAAAUAGGCUACCAAAAUAACGGGAACAUUCAAAUCAUACCAACAACUAGUCAUACAGAUUAUGAUUUCAAUCAAGAUUUCAAAAUUACACAAAUAGAUGAAAAUUCCAUUAAAUAUGAUUUUUUUGAUAAAAUUUACAAAUCAAAAAUGGUUCAAAAAAGAAAACUCUUUCAAUUUCAAGAAAGUUUAAUAGAUAAGUUAGUAUCAAAUGGAUCCCAAAAUGGCAAUAGCGAGGAUAAUAUGGUCAAAGACAUAGCCUCUUUAAUAUAUUUCCAAGUUAGCAACAACGACAAGAGUAGUAACAAUAAAUCGGCUUCCAAAAGCAAUAACUUAAGAAAAUUAUGGGAUUUGAAAGAACUGACUAACGUAGUCGUGCCGAACGAACUAGAUUCUAUACAAUUCAAUGACUUUUCCAGCGAUGAAAUAAAGCAUCUGUUAUAUUUAAAGAAGAUUAUCGAAUCCAAACCAAAGGAAGAACUGUUAAAAUUUUUAAACAUAGAAAAUCCCGAAAACCAAUCCGAAUAG